AUGUAUGUAUGUAUGUAUGUAUGUAUGUAUGUAUGUAUGUGCAGGUCUACAAAUUGCCCACUGAUAGGAUUUAUGCAGCAUACUUUGGUGGCGAUGUGAAGGCUGGUCUCGCCCCCGAUACCGAGUCGAAAGACAUAUGGUUCAAGUAUCUACCGAAUGAAAGAGUUCUGCCUUUCGGUUGCAAGGAUAACUUUUGGGAGAUGGGCGACACAGGUCCUUGUGGCCCAUGCACAGAGAUUCAUUUUGAUCGUAUUGGCAACCGUGACGCAGCCUCAUUAGUCAAUAAUGAUGACCCUACAUGUAUUGAGAUAUGGAAUCUUGUGUUUAUUCAGUUCAACAGGGAAUCAGACGGUACUUUGAGAUCCUUGCCAGCAAAACACGUUGACACUGGAAUGGGCUUUGAGCGUUUAACUUCUAUCCUUCAGAAUAAAAUGAGCAAUUACGACACAGAUGUAUUCAUGCCAUUAUUUGAUGCCAUCCACAAGCUGGCAGGCGCUGGAAUUCAACCAUACUCUGGUAAAGUAGGAUCCGAUGAUGUUGGGAAAGUUGAUAUGGCAUAUAGGGUUGUUGCAGAUCACAUAAGAACCCUUUCUUUUGCUAUUGCUGAUGGUUCUCAACCUGCUGAGCUCAUAUUUUUUGCUGUAGGAAAUGAGGGAAGAGAGUAUGUUCUAAGGCGUAUACUUAGACAUGCUGUUCACUUUGGUCAUCAAAAAUUGAUGGCAAAGCAAGGAUUUUUUAGCUCCCUUGUAGAUGUUUUUGUCCGAGUGAUGGGUGAUGUGUUUCCUGAGCUGAAGGACAAUGAAAAGAAGAUUAAAGAUAUAAUUAAAGAACAAGAAGAGGCAAGCUUUGAGAACACUCUAGCGAAGGGAUAUGAGAGAUUUAAGAAAGCUGCAGAUGCUGUCAAGGAGAAUGGUGGGGCAGUACUUAGUGGCCAGGAUGCAUUUGUUCUGUGGGACACCUAUGGCUAUCCAAUUGAUUUGACUGAGGUCAUGGCAGUUGACUUUGGGCUAUCUGUUGACAUGGAGGGUUUUAAUGUUCCUAUGGAAGAAGCAAGGCAAAAGGCUAGGAAUGCUCGCUACAAGGCUGGCGGCAAAUCUAUUGUCCUGGAUGCUAAUGCUACAUCGCAGCUGCGCAAUCAAGGGCUUGCCAGCACAAAUGAUAGCCCGAAAUUCCAACACGAGGUUAGAUUAUUUAUUUAUGGUUUGGCUAUUAAGCACAGUUCCUUCCAAUAUUCAGUGCCUGUUUGGGAUUUUGUAGAAUUUCAUUCUACUUUGGCCCCAAAAUUUACAAAGCGACCCCCCUCUUCGAAUCACCUUCAAGUUCUGAACUUACCUGGCUACUAGCUUUGA